AUGACGCCAUUCGACACUGUCGAUGCCAAGUACACGCUCGGGAUCUGCGUCAUGGAGCGCAAAGCCCGCUCCGACCCGAUGCUCGAGAUCCUCAGUCGCCUGCCGCCCUCUCUCUUUCGCGUCGACUUUUUUGGUGACGACACGAUUUUGAACCAACCAGUGACGGCCUGGCCACGUUGCGACGCGCUCGUUGCUUUCUUUUCCAAAGGAUUUCCCCUCGAAAAGGCACAAGAAUAUGUGACACUCCGUCGUCCCGUCGUUGUGAAUGACUUGAACACGCAAUACAUUCUAAAAGACCGUCGUGAGGUCUACCGCGUGCUUUUAGAGCACGAUGUACCCACUCCUCGUCACGUGUUCCUAAAUCGAGACGGUUACGGCGGUCAGAUAGAGCCACCAGAAGUUGUGGAAGGAGACGACUUUAUUCAGGUAGACGGGGUCCGGAUCAACAAACCCUUUGUGGAAAAACCCGUGGACGGCGAGGACCACCACAUCCACAUUUAUUACCCCAUGAGUGCCGGUGGGGGCUGUAAACGGCUGUUCCGUAAAAUCGGUAACCGAUCGAGCGAGUACGAUCCACACGUUAACACCGUGCGAGCAGGGGGUGGGUCGUACAUUUAUGAGGAAUUCCUGUCCACUCAAGGAACGGAUGUCAAAGUUUAUACAGUAGGACCCCAUUAUGCCCAUGCAGAAGCUCGUAAAUCGCCUGUACUGGAUGGUCGAGUUGUGAGAGAUGUGGACGGGAAAGAAGUGAGGUACCCAGUGAUGCUGUCAACGGAGGAGAAGCAGAUUGCCUAUCGAGUGUGCCGAGCUUUCCGACAGACGAUCUGUGGCUUUGAUAUCCUGCGAGUGCGGGAUGCCUCGUACGUCUGUGACGUGAACGGCUGGAGCUUUGUCAAGAACUCGGAAAAGUACUAUGAUGACUGCGGUAUUUUGCUGACCCAGUACCUUGCUCAGGCACUAGCUGGUGCCACAGCUGGUGAAGACUUUGGCACGGACAGCUCUGCUUUUAGUUCCGUUACUUUCCGCUUUGCGCCGAAUGCUCCUCCUCCAAGUGCACAGCUGUCGGAGCCACCAACAGCACACCGACAUGCAAUGCUUCGUGGACCAUCGACUUCCAUCGCUGAGUCGGAAUUGUCGGAAGCUGACAGUAUCACGGAUGGAGACGAAGAUACAGCGUACCAAGAGGAAGAGUUGCGCUGUGUCCUGGCAGUCAUCCGUCAUGGCGAUCGCACACCCAAGCAGAAGAUGAAGAUGAACGUCUGCCAUCCAGCUUUUCUCCAAUAUUACGAGGACUGUCUGCGUGGGUCCCAGCAGGAAAACGAAGAUAAAAGUGACACGACGAAGAAGAAGAAGAAGAAAAUGGAUAUCAAGAUCAAAGCCGUGGCGAAUCUAGAGCGUCUACUGCAGGUGAGUAAGGAUUUGCUGCACAAGUACGAAACGCAUGAUCCGGCAUUCAUGGACUUCUUGGAGCAACGCGAGGUCGAAUUCGGCGAGGAUGCCACAGAUCGUGUCAAGGGAUAUCGAACCUUGCGGGAUGUAUUGCAGCGCUGGCAACUUGUUGGUAUCAAUCGCAAGGUGCAACUGAAGCCAAAAAGUUUCGCUGACGUGCCUGUUGAAGGUACUACCGAGAACGGAGAACAGCAGACGACACACCGUGUUAUCAAAUUGCUGCUGAUUAUCAAGUGGGGAGGCGACCUGACGCACACUGGUGAAGAACAGGCCGAACACCUCGGUCAGAAAUUUCGGCGAAUGAUGUACCCGGGCGGUGCCGGAGGCUUAAAUCGCCUGCAUUCCACGUACCGCCACGACCUAAAAAUCUAUACGAGCGACGAAGGGCGUGUUCAGAAAACUGCAGCUUCGUUUGCAAAGGGGCUGCUGGAACUUGAGGGAGACAUCAUUCCUAUCUUGGUCGGACUUGUGUUAAAGUCCAAGGAUGCAGACUCGAUGCUGGACCAGUCGGGAUCUUCCGCACAGGAAAUCAUAAUGCGUGUGAAGCAGCGUUUGCACAAUAUCAUUCACCGCGAAGAUCAUUGCAGCCAGCUGAUUGAUUCAAACUCGCGACUUAUUCGCUCUGUGGCACUUGCACUUACGAAAGUCGAUCAACCUAUAAAAAAGAUGGGGAUCAUGCACAAAUUGCUGCACUUGCUUAAGGAGCAACUCACGCGCAUGAUUCAGGAGAAGGCGCAGUAUCGCACGGAGAUACAUAUGGACCAGACAACAAGAUCUACUGCUGGCCGACUACCAGCUCCUGUCAUGGGUCGAUCUGCCAGCGUGAAUGAGCUGAGCCAACCGAAGUGUCACCACGUGCACUCGUACGCCCCUCAGAAGAAACACAGUGAAGGCAAGAACAUCACAAGUGAUGCUGCAAACAGCAGUGUGGGUCUGCGCAGAAUGCGGCCACCGCAAGAGUCGUUGCCUCUAGAGGAUACCAAGUAUCCUGAACCUUGCGGACGUGAAACUCUGGAGGUGAUGCGCGAGCGGUGGGCAAAGCUGUACCGCGAUUUUUACGUGAAAAAGCGCGACACGUACGACCUGUCCAAGAUACCGGACAUUCACGAUUGUAUUCGGUACGACGCAGUUCAUAACGCGCAUUUAAACUUGACGGACGUGCGCGAGCUCCUGGAGAUUUCAAGCGCGUUGUCUCACGCACUCGUGCCGCAAGAAUACGGAAUCGACGUGGAGGAGAAGAUAUUCAUCGGGUCAGCUAUGUGCCGAACGCUGUUGUCGAAGAUCAACACUGACUUGGACUUGGCUCGUGGCCUGCAACCCGAUUUACUGAAGGAUCACAACACUCACCGGCUGAACCCUUCCUACGCGAAGAAAGUCAAGUCGGCACACCGUUCCGUGCGCACACGCUUGUACUUCACAAGCGAAUCGCACUUGCACUCGCUAUUGAACGUCUUGCGAUAUGGUCGGGACGAGUGCACGAUCAAGAGCCCGAUCGGUGAAGAAUCCCGGAAGUGGAUCGAAGACAUACCUGAGCUUUGUUACAUGACCCAUUUCGUCGUGCGCGUUUUUGAGCGUAUCCAGCACUCGCUUGAAGACCCUCAACGCUUCCGUGUCGAGAUUUCCGUGUCUCCUGGUGCCGACCAAGACCCUCUUGUUUCUGAUCCGGAGAAACAGAUUAAGGUCGCGCCAUUGAAAAUCAUCUCGCGCGAAGGCCUUACUUGCCAAGAACUGGUCGACUAUGUUACUGACUGUAUCGGCUAUGCCGAAGAGAACGAAGUGAAGGAGACGAUCAGUCAAACGGUAGCGAGCAAGUGCCAUGGCAGCGCCGAUAACACGGCGGGAGACAGCAGCAGUGGGGACGCUACACCGGGGAAGCGUUCGAUUUACUCGCUUAGCGACAACAGCAGCGACAGCAAUUUCAGCAAUGAUAAUUGA